AUGGACGAUGGCGAUGGGGCGUCGCCUAUCCGACCAGCCAUUGCAGCCAGCUGUGGUGACGACCUCGAGGGUGGAGCUGACUCGAGCCCGUCGAUGUAUUAGUU